GCGUGGACCUAAUAUCGACCGCGGUGAAGUUUGGCACGGGCAGAGGGGCACCUCGCGAGCUUAGCUACGAGGCUGACCCGCCCGCGCGGAGCGUCGCGUGGCGGCUGAUCAGCGAGCCUCGCGAGUGUGCAUUCGAAAAAUGGCUGACAGCGGGGAUGGUGUGAACAAUACGUCGUCUGGGAAAGAGCCGAGAAGCACGCUUAGCGAUGGCCCGGUCACCGAUCCAGCCUCCAACACGAAGAGCCUAGAGGCAUCAAAUAAUGCCUUUCACGGCGCGAGAACAAAAUUAGACUCGAAAUCUGGAGCGCUGAAGAAAUCCAGCCGUUACCGCAGCCGUUCCUUAUCAGCUAGCAGCACCGACAGUUACAGUUCUGCCUCUUAUACAGGAAGCUCGUCCGACGAAGAUGACGUCUCGCCGCGCGAGAAAAUUCAGAAGACGGACAAGGGCUUCACGGACUUUUGCGUGCGCAACAUCAAUCAGAAUGCCUUCGGUCGCAGAGAGAUCGAAAUCGCGGAGCAAGAGAUGCCGGGAAUUAUGGCGCUGCGGAAACGCGCGGCGGAUGACAAGCCGCUGAAGAACGCUAAGAUCGUGGGAUGCACUCACAUCAACGCGCAGACUGCUGUCCUGAUCGAGACGCUGGUGGAAUUGGGUGCGCAAGUGCGAUGGGCGGCGUGCAACAUUUACUCCACGCAGAACGAGGUGGCCGCGGCGUUGGCGUACGCCGGGUACCCGGUGUUUGCGUGGCGCGGCGAAACCGAGGAAGAUUUCUGGUGGUGCAUCGACAAGUGCGUGGCCGCCGAGAACUGGCAGCCUAACAUGAUAUUGGACGACGGCGGAGACGCUACCCACCUGAUGCUCAAGAAAUACAACGCCGUGUUCAAAAUGAUUCAAGGAAUUGUCGAGGAGAGCGUAACCGGUGUACAUAGACUGUAUCAAUUGUCAAAGGCAGGUAAACUGUCGGUACCCGCGAUGAACGUGAACGACAGCGUCACCAAGACCAAGUUCGACAAUCUUUACAGCUGCCGCGAGAGCAUCAUCGACAGUUUGAAGAGAUCCACUGACAUCAUGUUCGGUGGGAAACAAGUCGUGAUAUGCGGUUACGGGGAGGUCGGAAAGGGAUGCUGCCAGGCCCUCAAGGGCUUGGGCUGCAUCGUGUAUAUCACUGAGAUCGACCCGAUAUGCGCUCUGCAGGCCAGCAUGGACGGCUUCAGAGUGAUGAAGCUCAAUGAAGUCAUUCGAAAUGUAGACAUUGUUAUUACAGCGACGGGCAAUAAAAACGUGGUCACGCGCGAGCACAUGGACAAAAUGAAGAACGGGUGCGUCGUGUGCAACAUGGGCCACAGCAACACGGAGAUAGACGUCAACAGCUUACGUACGCCCGAUCUCACUUGGGAGAAAGUGAGAUCGCAAGUGGAUCAUGUUAUCUGGCCGGACGGUAAGCGCAUCGUUCUACUGGCGGAAGGUCGUUUGGUGAACUUGUCAUGCUCGAGUAUCCCGUCCUUCGUGGUAUCGAUUACCGCCGCCACGCAGGCAUUAGCACUGAUCGAGCUGUUUAAUGCACCACCAGGACGGUACAAGAGUGACGUUUACUUGCUGCCGAAAAAGAUGGAUGAGUAUGUCGCGUCGUUGCAUUUACCGACGUUCGACGCGCAUCUGACAGAACUGACGGACGAGCAGGCAAAGUACAUGGGCCUCAACAAGGCUGGUCCGUUUAAGCCUAAUUACUAUCGGUUAGUAUCAAAAGUUCGGUUCUGGCAGCAGGGUUGAUUCGAUUGAGUGUGUGCGCCUACCUACUGUGUUACCUACCUGUGGAUCUGUUUCAGCUACUAAAAAACCAAUGGACGAGUAAUGUGGCAUUGACUAGCACGUGCGACACUCACUCAGCACCACACACACCUCUUUACAAGUAUUAAAAAAACAAAGAAAAAAAAAGAAAACCAGCUACCCUCCCUCUUGUGUCUGAAGUUGGCUUUCUUUUUGUCCUCGUUCUGACAUACCCGUUCUUUUCUCGUAAAUCGAUGACGAGAGACGUUUAUUUAUGGUGCAACCUUCGUGGAUAUCCGCGCGACGUGAUUAUCCGUUGUUAUCGUGCUAAUCAUCCGCAAGGAAUGCGUUAAUAACGUCGUAGUGAACACACAUUGAUCCAGCAGUUAUGCCCAAUAAUCGAUACGUUAAAACUUUCCCCGCUGCAUCAGAGUUGGGCAAUAUAUCACAGAAAUGUACUCCAAUCAUGCAAGAUGCAAGUUAUUUUUGAUGACGUAUCUUGCUUUUUAACUACACGCACGCGCGCACACACACACACACACACACACACACACGUGAAAUAAUUUGCCCAGCUCUGGUAUCGAAAUAUAAUUAUGUAUUCAAUUAAUGUCUCCACAUAACAGCUUUCUGUUUGAAAAUGCGCAAGUGUAGGACCUGCAUUUGCCGAGACGAACAGAGGGAGAGAUUCUGAGAGGCCCGUUGAGCUGCACGUGUCGGCAGAGCCACGCACGUAAAUCGUCAAUCAAAUAUCAUAGAUGCAAAUGCGAGUCGUGUGUCUGUAUAGUUUGCAAGCCGGAGGUGGUAAUCAAGAUUGCCACUCGUCUAUUAGAUACUAAUCUCAGCAAGUUGUAAACGUUAGUUAAAGGACACAAAUUAUUAUAGUUUUAAUAGUGUCGACAAAAAGAUACGUACGCGUGUCUGGCGUGUAACGCACGCGGGAUGCAAAAGGAGAAAAAGCAUCGGGAGAAAAAAAUUCAAAAAUGUGAUUUUAUUUUUUUAUGAUGAUAAAAGAUUCGAUGAUUUUUACUGCGCUCUCGUAGUAGUAGCUCGUGUUGCCAUUCCGCGCGUGUGUUGCACACGCACCAAGUCUACAUGCGUAAGCACGCUUGAUUUUUUUAGCGCGUACGCGUGCAGUUGCAGACUUGCAGUGCGUACGUGUGUCAAUGAUGCACGUUAGUCAAUGAAUUUGUCGUGUCCUUGUAGUAACACGGAAUUAUAUACACAUUCGCGGCGCACCCCCGCCGCGAAUGAUAUAUCAUUGGCAACUAUUUAUACACCAUCCCCUUCCCCGAGACGCGGGGGACACUGUAUUUUGCAGGUGAUCAAUCCAAAAGCCGUGUACAUAAUAUUAUUUAAGGAGAGGCAGGGACACUAAUACACGAAAUAGGCGAUAAGUUAUUAUAGAUUAUAGCCUGUUAAUAAUCUCUGGUUAUCAUUGUUACCCUCGCCUUGCGUACGAUACGAGGAACGAUUUGCAUAUACCCCAACGUCUAGGAGAAAAUAAACGCCUACCGCAUUUAGAGAAUUGAUCA